AUGCUUUCACUCUCCAUAUUUGCAGCAAUCUUUUCAGUCUUGAAGUUUUCAUGGACAACCGUCAAAAUGAACUUAUUUCAAAGGACGAGUACAAGCAAUAGAACAUUAAUGAUGAGGCCUGUCCCGACAGUGAUUCUUUUAUUACUUGCCUUGCCUUCUUGCCCAGUGUAUAGUCAGGGAGCAUGCAACCGAGCAUGCUAUCCACAGUCUGUAAACUUGAUCGAUGACAAUUCCUUCAGGUCGGUCACGACAGACUCGACAUGCGGAAGUCCUCCAUCCGAGUUCGAUAUUCCCGUCGCCAGCACUACAGGAGACACAUUCAUGACAAUAUUGUGCAAUGCAUCGGAUCCAGACGCAUCUUAUCCUAUCGAAGCUGCCUAUGAUUACACGUCGAUGACAUUCUUCGGUCAGGUGUUCACGUCGCCGCUGUUGGACACGUGGUGGCAGUCGGAGAGUGAAGCGUCUAACGUUCACCUUGCCUUAAACCUCGGGGACGAGUUCCUGUUUCAGAGGACCGUGAUCUCAUUUCGAAGUUACCGGCCAGCAAGUUUGGUCAUCGAGAAGAGGGCCGAUGGAGGCACGAACUGGAGUCCCUUGAGAUACUACACAGGGAACUGCGCUGAGACAUUCCCAGGCGUCCCUCUGGUUUCCGCAGGCUUUAACUUCACGGCAGACUGCACGCAGGAAUAUGUCUUUGGACACGGUAUGACUGAAGCAGAUGGAGAGAAUAUACAAAGGGUAAUCUACAAUCCAGUCCAAGAGUUAGAGGAGCUGUACUCUGAGUACGAAUACCAGCGCUACUUUGCUCUCAACGGUCUGCGGAUCACACUUGUUGAGCCUGGCAACCUGGAGUCCGUUAGUCAGGAGUCUCUUCCGAGGCGUAGCUUCUUUGCCGUGGCGGACUGGAUUGCAGAGGGGCAGUGUCUUUGCUAUGGUCACUCUGCUUCCUGUGUAGGCACGAAUGGAGCAGAAUGCAGUUGCCAACAUAACACAGCUGGACCUAACUGUGAGUCAUGCCUCCCCCUCUACAACAACAAACCAUGGCAAGCAGCCGUGGGCUCAGAGACCAACGCUUGCGAAGAUUGUGGUUGCAGCGGAAGAGCGCAGAGUUGUGUGUACGAUGAGGUCAAAGGUUACGGUGUUUGCCAGGACUGUCAGGAGAAUACCUCUGGCGACAAGUGUGAGGUCUGCUUAGCAGACUACUACCGGAAUCCUUACACUGACCCUGCCUUCAACGACACUUGUAUUGAUUUGGAUUCCCCUUUCCCCUGUGUACAAUAUUGCUGGCCUUGCAAUUGCACUGUAGAGGGCACUGUUCCAAACAGCGUCUGCAACGAGACCAAUGGACAGUGUGCAUGCAAGGCCAAUGUUCAGGGGCGAGCAUGUGACGAAUGCAAGGAUACAUUCUACAAUCUCCAAGACUCCAAUGAUCUAGGCUGCCAAGAGUGCGAUUGUGAUUUAGUCGGGACGAUCGGAAACAUCAACCUUGUAGUGAAUUGUGUCUGUUGUAACAAGACCACAGGAGAGUGUAUAUGUAAAGACAAUGUGAUGGGAGCCCGCUGUGACCAGUGUCAGACUGGCACGUUCAAUCUCGACCCCUCCAAUCCAAAAGGCUGCACGUCGUGUGAUUGCGACCCGGGAGCGGCCAUCAGUGGAUCAUGUGACCCCGACACGGGGGCGUGUACCUGCAGGUCGAACGUGAUUGGUCGAGCAUGCAACGAUACUGCUCCAGGAUUCUAUGUCCCUAGUUUGGACGGAAUAAGUAUGGAGGGUGAACUUGCCGCUACUGAUCAGCCUUCCAGGAUCGAGGAGAGAUCUCUUGGCGAGGGUGCCCUUCACACUGGCCCUGGUUUCCUUGUGGUGUCUCCGUCGACGGUGAUUACACUGAGCAGCAUGACUGUCCCACGAACGCAGAAUUAUGUACUUGCUAUAAGAUACGAGACCUUAUCUAAUUGGAGUGGUGUCACAAUAGAAAUCAACCAGCAGAAUCCAACAGCAUUUGACUGUCAAGGGUCAUCGAAUCCCGGGACCUCAGCGACAACAGUCAGCCUUCCUGCAGCAGAGUAUGGAGGCGUAUAUGAUCUCUCUGAGGAAUGCCUUGCUGGAGGUAUCCCGUAUGAUGUCAUCAUCAGUUUGGGAGUACCAGACACUCAGGAACAGUUCCUCCUAGACUCGAUUGUACUGUUGCCUGUGUUAUCUGACUUGGAGGUCUACCAAUCGAACCGAACGAGCCAGUCUUUGCGAGCUAACAUGGAUGCAUGCUGGUCUGCAGCACUGUCGGCCCACCACCCAACCAGGAUGAACUGCUCAGAUAUUGAAUUCGGAAUCAUGGCCGAGGUCUUUGAUGGAGCUAUAGGUUGUGAUUGCAGCUCUCUCGGGUCAGACAAUAAUCCAUUAUGUGAGUCUUACGGAGGUCAGUGCCCUUGCUUGCCGGGGGUCACGUCCAGGUCAUGUGACACCUGCUCACCUUUCUACUAUGGCAUUGAAUCAGGCAGUGGAUGCACAGACUGUGGCUGUAAUUUAGAAGGUUCAAUCACUCAGUCAUGCAACCAGACGUCUGGAAUCUGUGAAUGUAAACUGAACGUUGAAGGAGACAAAUGUGACACGUGCGCCACUGAUCAUUAUGGCCUUUCUACAGGCACUGGUUGUGUACGAUGCGGUUGCACGCCAGAGUACUCUCUAGGUACGUCCUGCAACGAUGAUGGUCAGUGCUCGUGCAAGACAGGAGUUGGAGGCCUUCGGUGUGAUCAAUGUGCCCCAGAAUUCUUUAACCUUACGAUCGAUGGCUGUUCAGAAUGUAGCUGUAACACUAUAGGGAGUGUGGACGGCAACUGCGACAGCCAAGGCCAGUGCAACUGCCUACCAUCAGCCACAGGACUGCACUGUGAUGAAUGCCCUUCAGGAACAUACGGUUUUGGACCAUACAGUGAGCGAGGCUGCAUCGAGUGUCUCUGCUCCUCUCACACAACGAACUGUACAUCAGCAACGGACUGGUUCCUCAACAGGGUUGAAAGCCAGUAUUCUCUCCUCAACUUUGAGGGCGCUGUGUCAGAUAGAUGGACAGGCAUUACGGGAGAUGGAGAUGAGGUUCCAAUCGUCAGUGAGCCAAUUCUGGAGAUCACUGAUCCAAGGUUUGUCCUGCAGCUUGUUGACCCUGGGAACACGGAUGACCUCUUCUUCCUCUCUCCAUACCCGUACCUUGGCGAUCACCGCACUGCUUACGGACAGCAGCUGGAGAUCAAGCUCAGCCAGACUACAUCGGCGAACCAGACCCGGUCUACAGAGGGCGAUGUAUAUAUGUAUGGAGGGUGUGGAGCGUGCGAGCCUCUUGUUGCCAGCCUUCCCUACGUUCCUGGUUCCCCUGUCACAAAUGCAACUACUUAUCAGUUUAAGCUGCAUGAGAACUACUGGAAUCUUGGCAAUAUGAGCGGAGCUCGACCCACAAUGCAACAGGUGGUGAGGAUUCUUGCAGACAUAUCUGAGAUCAGGAUUCGUGCCAAGUACACUACGCUUCCAGGCCAGUCGGUCUACUUUCACGAUUCAUCUUUGACUGAAGCCAGCAAUAAUCUUACAGCAGCUUCAAGUGAUGUCACUGUGGACUAUGUGGAAGACUGCUUCUGCCCUGCAGAAUACACAGGCCAGUUUUGUGAGCAGUGCGCUGCAGGAUACCGCAGGGCCACCCCUGGGGAUGGUUCCUUCUCCACCUGUGUCCCCUGCGACUGCAACGGACACAGCGACCUACCCUGCGACCCUGAGACCGGGGUGUGCAGGGGUUGCCAGGACAACACGGGAGGGGAUUUCUGUGAGCGCUGUCUUGAUGGUUACUACGGCGAUGCCCUCGGAGGAACACCAGGUGACUGCUCUCCUUGCCAAUGUCCGGGAGUACCGGGUGCAAACUCCUUUGCUGCUACCUGUGAUGCCAAUGGCCUGUGCAUAGACUGUGCAGAAGGGCAUGGCGGGGACUUCUGUGAAUACUGUCUUGAGGGUUACUACGGUGUGCCCUCCGACCCAGAGAAUAAUGGAGGUCGUUGCCAGCCUUGCUACUGCAACCUGAGCCCGGCAGUUUGUGAUAGUACAACAGGGCAGUGUCAGAACUGCACAGGGAAUACUGAGGGACAGGAGUGUGAGGUUUGCCAAUUUGGCUACUGGGGAAACAUCGAUAGCUGCCAAGAAUGCACCUGUAACCUUACCGGGGGUUACGGCAAUUGCACCCAGGAUACCGGUACCUGCUACUGCUACCCCAAUGUCAUCGGUAGUGAAUGCACCGAGUGCGCCCCUGAUACCUGGGGCUUCGCCAGUGGAACCGGCUGCUUGGAUUGCGAGUGUCAUCCUGUUGGUACAGUUGGUCAACAGACCCAGUGUAAUUUGGUCACCGGCCAGUGCAGCUGCAAGUCAUUAGUGACGGGCCAGAAGUGUGAUGGGUGCAUGAUGGGAUACUAUGACGUAGAUCAGGAAUGUAUUGCAUGCAACUGCAACAUUAAUGGCACCAACCCGGUGACGUGCUCCAACGAUCUUUGCGGAUGUGAUCUUGAUACUGGGCAGUGCGACUGCAAAUUGGCAACCAUUGCUGGACGGACAUGUGACCGGUGUGGUCGACUGGAUCAAGAUGUAGUGCAAGUUGUUGAGGAGAUUUUUGUUGGUAAUUUCCCCAACUGUGAGCCUUGCCCGGAGUGUUUUCAAAACUGGAGAGAAGAGCUUGAGAUCCUUGGAGAGCUGUUGGUAGAAGAAAGGAAACGUCUGCUUGGGCUUCUCCGUAACUAUGGUAACAUGACGGAGGCUGACGUUCAAGCUUUGAUCCGUGCUAUCCAGAGUAACUUGACGUUGGCAGAUGAAGUUAUAGAACAGGGCAAUCAGCAAACACAGAAUCUUAUCGGCAUCCAAAAUUCCUUCUUAAUGAUAACAGAGUCUAUUGAAAACAAGACGUUCCUAUUGGAUUCCUUAGCAUCGUUAGAGAACAACAUCACUUCCCUUCUCUCAGAGUCUUCCAACUUUGAUGGCACUGUCGAGGUGGAGACGGGGGUGAGAAGAAGUUCCGAAAGACUAAACCAAGAGUUGUUGGCGGUGACCAACACCAUAGAGAACAUUGUAACAGAGGCAGAAGGGAAUUGGGAGUCGGUACAGACCCUCUACCAAGCGAUCCUCGACUUCCAGGACCGCGCUCGGCAGCUGAUAGCGGAAGUGGACUCCUUGCUUCUUGACGUGGAGGGUGCAUCGCAGCAACGGCUGACGGUUGAAGACAUCUUGAGCGAGCCCACCAGGACAGCUGAAAUGGAGGUGAAUUCCCAGCGCCUCAGCCUGAUAGACUCUACUCAGGCCAGGUAUCCAUUAGAAGAGGCAGCCCAGAAUGCUUCAGCAGCACAGAGACUGGUGCAGGAGGCUAACCAGACAGCGACAGGUGCCUAUCAGCAAGCCCAGAGCGAGAGGACAAUGUCAGAAGAAAGGGCAUACAGGAGUGAGGUGGCACGGUUCAACGCUACAAGUGCAACCUUGGCAGCAGCUAAUGCAUUGUCAGUUGCGAGAAACUACAAGGAUGUUGCUCUGGAGACCAAAGCAAACAUAACUCAAGCCUAUGUGGACACCCUGAACCAGCUCUCUCAGCUGGACGAUGCCCAGGUCAGAAGCCAAGAGGCCAGCGCAGCAUCACAGGCAACGGUCAACAUGGCAGUCCGGUCACCGACCGACAUGGAAGCCCUGGUGAGGGAUAUCAACGCAACCGGCCUGUCUGAUGCUGCAGUGCUCCCCCUGUUGGAGAAUUCCACCACUACCCUGGAUGAGGCAACAGCCAGCCUAGACACGGCUAGACGUUCCUUACAAGAUGCCAUAUCGGUGAAAUCCCAGAUUGACACUAUAGAAUAUGAUUUAUCAGAGGCACAAAGGGUUCGAGAGGCCACAGGUCAAAGGGACGUCGACACACAGAACAUGGUCACCAACAUCAGUCAGAUAGCCGCCGAGGUUCAAGCCCAGUCCGAGUCGAAGAACAGCGAUGCCCAGGCCACCACUGCCCUCUUACAGGAUUUAUCUACAGAAGCAGCUGAUGGUCAACAAUGCUUCAGUGCUAAAAGGGCACAAGUACAGGACGCAGGCCGGAGAAUAGACAGGGUCAAGCAGAGUGUAGAAGUGACCCAACAGGAACUGAAUCUUGUACUGUCCAGUGCAGAAGAAACGGCAAAGGAGAUAAAUGAUUCUGAAAAUGAAGCAGUCCUCAAUUAUAACCUUGUGCAGGAGGUUGAUAUGGCUGCCGCUUCCCUUGAAAGAGACUUGAUCGGUAUUGAAGAGAUGACCAAUUUAGACGAUUUGAUUGCACAGUACACUACCCAGAGGCAAGAGAUGGAACAGCUAUCCUCGGACUUGGAUAACAUGGAAACCACACUUGAUACCAUCCUAGCCAACCUUCAGGGUAUCAGUACAGAUGAUAUACAAUGCAAUGACUGAUAGACUAUGACAAAGCUGCCAGUUACUUUAAUCCUAAGUAAUUGAAUUUUAAGGGGGAGGUGACAAUAAAUAGGAUUUUCCCCUAGAAAU